AUGCUGAAGGACAAGAAGACCAAGGUGAAGAUCACCUUCUUGGUUAUUAUUGUGGGCAUCUCUUCCAUGCUUGCAGCUGUGGUGACAGAUCACUGGGCAGUGCUGAGCCCCAGAGUAGAAAAACUUAACACCACCUGUGAGGCAGCCCACUUUGGGCUUUGGAGGCUCUGCAAGAAGAGCAUCUUCAUUGUGAUGGAAGACCCUCAGGGCAAAGGCUGUGGUCCCAUCAGCCUGCCUGGAGUCGAGAACUGCUCCUACUUCAAACACUUUACAUCAGGGGAGGAGGCUGAAGUUUUCGAAGUCAAGACUCAAAAAGAAUACAGCAUCUCUGCUGCUGCCAUAGCCAUCUUCAGCUUGGCCUUCAUGACUCUGGGCAGUCUGUGUCUCCUAGGGGCUUUUGGAAAGAGCAGAGACUACCUACUAAGACCAGCUGGCAUGUUCUUCGCCUUUGCAGGUCUCUGCAUAGUCAUUUCUGUGGAGGUCAUGAGACAGUCUGUCAAACGCAUGAUCGACAGCGAUGAAACCAUCUGGAUCGAGUACUACUACUCGUGGUCCUUUGCAUGUGCCUGCGCUGCCUUCAUCCUCUUGUUCCUCAGUGGGAUCAGCCUGCUGAUCAUCUCAAUGCCUCAAAUGCCACGGAACCCAUGGGAGACCUGCAUGGAUGCUGACCCCGAGACUAUGGACUAG